GCGUCCUCCUUCUUCUCGUUGUCCUGCCUGCCUGCCUUCUUGGCUGCCGUUGUGCUGCCGUUGCUGGUGGUGGUGUGUUGGGCGAAACGAAAGCCAAGCAAGCAGCGAAAGCAAUUUCGCCCUGCCUGCCUUCGUCCCCCAAGCUGCCAGACGAAUCGACCAAGAAGACGCUUGCGGACUCAUUCUGGCUUUGCAUCAGCGAAUGAAGCUCCACUGUGCAACGCUGGCAUCACCGUGGCACUGAAGGUCCUGGCAUGCUUCCCUCACCGCUUCGCCCGCCCGCGUCCGUUCCAUCCGCAUCUUCAACCUCAGUUGCCACCAUCAUGUCUGCGCCCCACUCGCACGCAUCCGCCGCCACCUCCGCGGCAUCGACUGCCAAACCCUUGGCAGGGAUCUCCGUUGGUGCUUCGUUCAACCCUCCGCAGGUACAGCCUCACUUGCAUCAGCCAUUUCAGUUCCAGCAGCACCAUCACCAGCAACAGCAGUACCAGCAACAACAGCAGGACCACCAAUACCAACAGCCGCAAUACCAGCAACAACAACAGCACCCAACAGAUGCGGCAAUGCCCACGGUUUCUGCGCCGUCAAACUUGUCGCAAUUUGACAUUGUGCGGACUGUGGGCACUGGGUCCUUUGGCCGUGUGUAUCUUGCCACGUACUUGCCAACGCAAGCACCAUGUGCCCUCAAGGUGCUUGAGAAGGAGAAGGUCAUUCGCCUCAAGCAAGUGGAGCACACCAUCAAUGAGAAGAACAUUCUGCAAACAGCACGACAUCCGUUCAUUGUCGACCUCCUGUCGUCCUUCAAAGACAACAACAACCUGUUCAUGGCGCUGGAGUACAUCCCUGGUGGUGAGGUGUUUUCGCACCUGCGGCGCGCCACCCGCUACCCAGAGCCCGUUGCUGCCUUCUACGCCAGCCAGGUCAUCCUCGCGCUUGAGUUUCUCCACGCCCGACACAUCGCAUACAGAGAUCUGAAGCCCGAGAACCUUCUCUUCUCGCACGAUGGGUACAUCAAACUUACAGACUUUGGGUUUGCCAAGGUUGUUGACGGUGUCACGUGGACGCUGUGUGGCACGCCAGAGUACCUUGCACCCGAGAUCAUCAUGAUGAAAGGGUACGGCACCGCCGUCGACUGGUGGGCGGUUGGCGUUUUCAUCUACGAAAUGUGCGCGGGCUUUCCGCCGUAUUACGGCGACCCCAUGACUGUGUACGACAAAAUCAUCUCCAACAAGCUGCGCUUUGUGUCGUGCUUCUCGCCAUCGCUGCGCCACAUACUGCGCGGUCUUCUUCAGUCUGAUGUCACCCGCCGCCUUGGUGCCAUGCACAACGGGGCUCUCGAUAUCAAGCAACACCAAUGGUUCACGGGUCUGGACUGGGAUGCUGUUGUUCAUCGAUCACUGCCAGCGCCGUACAUCCCGCCCAUCAGCUCGCUGAUGGAUGAUUCGCAGUACGACAAAUAUGACGAGGAGCCGAUUGCAACUGCGUCCACCUGCAAGUUUGCAGAGGUGUUUGAGGGCUUUUGACACGCGAUCACGCAGCCAUCACAUCAACAUCUUAUCCAUGCAUUCAUGUACCCACGUACCCAUGCAUCCAUAGCUUUUAUUCCUUCGCCCCGCCUGCGCUCUUCACCACCCUUGCCUUUGAUCUCUGGUCUGCUUCUGGUUCACAUUGCUGGUGUUAUUCAGCGUGUGGUUUCAUCAGAGCAAUGGCUCCAGUAUCGGUUGUGUUACCUCCCCCUGCUGUACGUUGGCCUGUCCUGUACAUUGUGCCAUCGACCAAGCUUGCCGUCUCAUCGUUCCCUUUCGCGUUACUUGUCUGUUGACAAGCACGCAUGUUGCUCUUUUUUUCCUUUUGUGUUUCUGUCUGUGGCACACUACGAUAGUCGCCGAUAUUGCGCCGUUCAUGUUGCAUGCUUCAUGCUUCAUGUUCCAUCUUGCGCCCGUCACUUUGGCCUCAUGUCAGCGUGUCCAUGCUGUACCGUCGCUUCUUGCUGCACUGUUCACUCUCGUCCUACUCGUUGAACUUGCCGUGUCAACACAACCAUCACGUGCGUGCGCGCGCGCGCGUGUGUGUGUAUGCUUCAUCCCCCCCCCCCCUCUGUCAACGCUUUGCUUUGAUUAUUUGAUUGAUUGACUCUGACCACACUACAUGGCACGCGAAUGGACUGUGGUUUUGUACGUUCUCUACCUUGACCCACGUUGCUUACUUGCCUUGAUUGCAUUCCCUUGUAUUGUUGCGUUGUCGCCGAGCACGCGUGUUCCGUGUGCCGCUGCUUGCUGGUGCGACGUUUUGUGUGUCGACAUGCCAUAGAGGGCGUUGCCGAUA